GUGCAUGCCGCGGUAUCCAUACUUUAAUAAUUUCGGUACGCCCACCACCACAAAUCGAAACCAGAAAACAGAACAGAAAAACAGCUCAGAGUAGGGUGAAGUAUAUAACCGUACGCAGGGAUGUAGUGUGUAGUGAAGUGUAUGAGAAGCGAUACAGCGAAAGUUGCAGAACUGGUCGAAAGAAGAAGAAGAAGAAGUCAAAGUGCGCGGUGCCGCGGGACCAAAGUGGUGUGAGGGGCGGCGAGUUUAAGUGUCGGCUCGUUAUCCUGCUUUGUGGCGCCCUAUCUCCCGGUGCUGGCAUACCUGAAGACUGCCCGGCAGCCUGUCCUCCAGCCUGGCGCUAGCAUUGCAGCAGGUGACCAGUAGUGACGGCAGCGGCGGGGGCUGCGUGACCAGACCAUCUUUGUUUACCUGUGAUCGGAGGGAGAGAGUUUAUCUCUGGCCCCGCCCACCGCCUACUUCUGAAAGUCUCCUCUGGCCCUCACUUCGAAUAGCUUGCCCGCCUCUGCCAUAGGUGCACCAUCACAAUGCUAAUAGUGCAGUUCAUGUCCAUGUAGUUCAGAGUGAUGGCUCAGCGGGUGAAGCGGUUGCAGAAGGAGUGUCAGCAACUUAAGGAGUCUCCUCCAGUAGGGGUUGCCUGCUGGCCUGAGGGAGACAACUUAGGAAUAUUCAGGGCAGUGAUACGAGGGGAAGAGGACACUGUGUAUGAUGGAGGAAUAUUCCAUUUGGAGAUGGAGGUACCAGAGAGGUACCCGUUCCAUCCUCCAAAGGUGAGAUUUCUCACUAAAGUGUAUCACCCUAAUAUUGACUCUGCUGGAAGGAUCUGUUUGGACUUGUUGAAGAUGCCCCCAUCAGGCAGCUGGCGGCCUAUUCAUAACCUCUCCAGUGUUCUUACUUCAGUCAGACUGCUGCUGUCAUCCCCUAAUCCUGAAGACCCUCUUAUGACUGAUAUUGCUGAGGAGUACCAGUUGCGACGAACUCAGUAUGAAGCCACGGCCAAGGAGUGGACUGCUAAAUAUGCCCAGAGUGAUGAUCCUGAGGGGAGCCUAGUUAGUGAAGCACGUGGCUCAAAACGAAGCAGUAAACUCACUGGUGAAGACGAAGAGAGGAGCAAAAAGGCCAAGAUGUAAUGGUGUCUUACAAGUGCGUAUGUGCAGCUUAUACAGGGAAGAAUGAAAAUAAGUAAUUGAAGCAUUUGCUGCCAUCUGCAUUGCCACCAAAUACCAGAGAAGGGCAGAGAUCAUUACAAUUUAGAACUUGAAAGGAAAUUAUUAUUAUAAUAUAAAACAACCAAUGCCACACUGUAGUCUGGCCCCAAGCAUUACAUUUAGUAACACCAGCAACUCUCUUUGGUUCAGUAACAUAAUGCAAAACUGGCUGGACAGUGGUCCCAGACACUCAUUCUUUGUUCCUGUCUUGUUCAAGUAAGCAUUUCUUAAUCUGGGGGGCUUAAAUCAGUUAGGUGUUGUAAGGGCAAUGUUUACUCUGGAGUAGUUAUCAACUGUAAUCCUGAACUGCAUGCUCUAUCCAUUCUAACCAUAGUCAUACGUACAUACGUAAUGAUGGAUUGUGGACAUUAUAUAUAGUUUAUUUUAGGUUUGGACAAUAUGGUGUGUUGGCAUGUAUUGUAAGUGUAAUUUGUAAACUUCUGAAGAUACUCAAGCAAUAUUUUAGUGAAAUCACAGCACCCUUUGAGGUAUCUAGUUCUUUAUAUUAGUUUUAUAUACUUUGUUUUCAAGUAUCUAUUUGGGUUUGCCCAACCAUUUUUGCUGAUCAGGUUGGUAGGGCAUCUUUAUUAGGGUGUUGUUGGUUAGUCCUGGUCUAUGCAGGUGUGGGUUGAUUUUUAAAACUAGGCUUCAUUUUAGGUUGUGCUACAAGUGAGUGCUCCACUUGUCCAGUUGGGCUUUAUAGGUAUGACAUAGAACUUGUCACCCUAUUUUAAUUCAUUUUAUAGCUAGACAAGUUUGGCAGAUAUUGAUCAUUGAUCUGGUAAUAGUGUGAGUGAUAAGGAGUACAUUUAAUGUGCAAAUAGUGGUAGAAAUAUGAAGUGUUUUAAUAAAUUUUUAUAGUAAAAACUGCUUUAUAAUUGUUAUAGGGUGUGUUGGGACCACUGUGCUUGCCUAUAAUUUGUUUUAAAAAGAUGAUGAGUUAAUGCAAGUGUGUGUGUGUGUGUUUAUAUAUAUGUUUGUUUGUUUAUAUAUAUAUAUAUAUAUAUAUAUAUAUAUAUAUAUAUAUAUAUAUAUAUAUAUAUAUAUAUAUAUAUAUAUAUAUAUAUAUAUAUAUAUAUAUAUAUAUAUAUAUAUAUAUAUAUCAAACUAAUAAUAUGUAAUAAUAUGUAGAUCACAACAAUCAAGUGCAACACAACACAAACCAUUUUAUAUAUAUAUAUAUAUAUAUAUAUAUAUAUAUAUAUAUAUAUAUAUAUAUAUAUAUAUAUAUAUAUAUAAUGGCAUAGGUACAGAAAACUGUAAUAGGUUAGUUAAGGAUAUAUACAUAAUUAUGGGAAUUUUUGUGCCUAAAUUGAAAUAACAGGUUUAUCAAAUAUAUUCACAUUGGAAACAUGUAAUAUUUGGAGUAAAGUUAAAAAUUCAUUUCAGUGUUGUGCUUGAUUGGAAUGGUGAAAAUUACACACAAAACAAUCAUUUAUCAUAUAACAAAUCAUACAAUUUUCAUAAAACAAAUUUGUAAUGUGAUCUUCCACACUAUAUUGAAAAACUAUAUCCUUUGAAGCAGAAUUACAUAAGCUGUUGACUGAGUUACAGAUAUGAACUAUUUUCAAACUUUACACCAUUUGUGGUGCUACCUGCUGAAGUGAAGUAAGUGACAUAAGGGUCAAUAUUGAGAUAUCACUUGCCUCGAAGUGACCAACUAUUCAGGCGUUCUGCAGCAAAUUUUCAGACUAAAAUGAAUAAAAUGGUGGCAUUAGGGUCGAUUUUUUCAAAAGAAAUACUUAGGAAAAGUGCAGAAACACACACUGGUGAUGCAAAUUCCCUGAGAGGGGUGAUGAGUCAGUCAGCUCACAGCAGCUCAAGGCACGACUCUCCCAGCCAAUCACUGGGCACAGUGGGCCUCAUCCUCUCUCUCUCUCUCUCUGCAAGGCAAGGUUUACUUUCUCUCCAAUAUUUUCUCUCUACAGUGGUUGAGCUGGAUUAAAAACAAAAACAAAACAGCAUCACUGCCUAAUUUACCCUCUGGGGUUGAUUCAAGGCAAAAGGUAUCCGUAAACAACAAUGAUAAAAAUUAAUGCAGUCCCUGUUCCCUCGUUUUCUCCUGCGUGUUGCUUGCCUCGCUUCCGCUCCGGUUUUGAUUCACAGCACGGAUAAGCUAUGAUCAGGCAACUUCAAUUUCAGUUUUCUUGUUUCCUUUUGUGUGUCGCUUGCUUCACUUCAGCAGGGAGCGCCACAUUUGAAAGGUUCAAGCUCAAGACUCCCAGUAAUCAACUCAAUUUUGUCUAGAUUAUUACCAUUAUUUUCCAGCAGCAAAAAGCCAAACUUACAAUUUAAUUUUGUACAAUUUUUUUCAAACUCAUGAAGGGUGAUGGUACAUAAGAGUACAGAGUACUUUAUAACUGUUGUAUUUACACUUAAGGAUGCAAGCCAGGAUUUACCUUUGGUGGUGCAAUAAAAAUCAUCUGAUCAUCUUGAA